CUAAUAUCAUCAUCAUUAUCUAUUUGUGUGUUGGAGAUAAAAAGAGGAAAAGAAGCAGAAAAAGCAAAAGUGAAAAGCGUUUUAGUUAGUUGCUUUCAAUGCUUUAAGCUUGAGGGCAACUACAAAGCAAAAACAAAGAACAUGAUGAAUGUCAUAAACAUUAAACACCCAGUUGCAUCAUAGUUCUUUGAACUCACAAAUGGCUUCUAAAAAGCUGUUAAUGUUCUUGCUUAUUGCUUCUGUUUUGAAGUUCCUGUUGAUCUGUCAAUCCUGUGGUCAAAAUGUGACUCUGUCUGUUUACUAUGAAACUUUGUGCCCAUAUUGUGCAGACUUCAUUGUAAACCAUCUGGUGAAGCUGUUUCAGAAUGGCAUUAUUUCUAUAGUUGAUCUUCGUCUGAUCCCAUGGGGCAAUGCUUUCCUACAACCUGAUGGCACUUUUAUUUGUCAGCACGGUCCAGGUGAAUGCUUCCUAAAUACCAUUGAAGCCUGCACAAUAUCCAUCUAUCCUGAUGUGGUAUCGCAUUUUACUUUUAUCCACUGUGUUGAACGCCUAUCCUUGGAGAAAAGGCAGGCUGAAUGGAUGGAAUGUUUAAAGACAACAAGGUUAGGUGAUGUACCCAUCAAUUGUUACAGAAAUGGAAGUGGCAAACUGCUGGAGCAGACUUAUGCUACUGAAACUGCUCAGCUUAAUCCACCACAUAGAUUUGUUCCAUGGGUGAUUGUGAAUGAUCAAUCACUUCAAGAGGACUACAUGAAUUUUAUAAGCUAUGUCUGCAGAGCUUAUAAAGGCACUCAAGUACCAGAGGCUUGCAGAUCACUUCCAUUAAAGAGCAGUGCAUUGGAGAAUGCAGAGUCCACUAGUUCAGUGUGCUAUGCAGGUGAGGUGAAAAGCUAGGCAUUGAAAAUACAGUCUCGAAAUUAAUUUCAAGGACAGUGAUUUCUUCAUAGAAUCAAUGUGUGAAGAGCUUAGAUUUAAUCAUUGUUGGUCAAUUAGUGUUAGUAGAAUAAAGGACUGCUGAUUAUAGUGUUCAGAUUGGCCUUUCUUUCUUUCUUUUUUUUGCCAUGGAAUGUAGAAACUGAUUUGGGUAGAAUUGCAUUACUGAUAGAUGAUCCACACUCUUAGUCUCGCUGUUCCUGUAAAUGAAUAUUAUGUUUUUCCUGCAAUGUAAAGGGUGACUUUUCU